AUGAGUGAAAUUUUACCUAAAGAUCUCCUAGCCAGAAUAUUUGGCUAUUUAAAAGGUUGGGAAUUAGCCACGAUAUCAACCGUUUGCCAUUACUAUAAUAGCGUUAUUCAUGAUGGCGACGAUAAAAAUGAUAGUAAAAGUAAUUUAUUAUGGAAAUUAAUCGUUAGUCAAGAAUUAACAACGGCAGCAAGGCUGCAAUCAAAGGAAAAUUAUCGUCAAUUUUAUAAACGAAUUUAUCUUGGCCCUAGAAAAAUGAUUGUAGACCACUGCCAUAUUGGUAAUUUACAUUCAACGGUCAAAACAUGUAUGAAAGAAAAGCCUAAGUUUAAUUAUUCUUACUAUGCUAGUCGAAUACGGCGCGAUCGCCAUGGUGAUGUUGUUCAUUAUUUCGAUAUUAUUCUUUCCUACGCUGCACGAUUUGGUCUAGAAGUUUUAGAUCAAGUGGAAAAUAGCUUGUUUAUUCAAUUGCAAGAAAUACUUCGACUUUCUCUCAAUAUCAUCCCGAUUCAGUUACUACAAUAUGGUGCACCUUAUCAUCGCAAUCAACUAGAAGAAAUAAUUAGACUAUUACCUUAUCUAAAGCGGUAUAAAUCAACCAUGUAUGACUUUGAAGAUGUAGAAAGUAUGAUUUCCUUAUUUACUAUGCUAAAUUAUCGGCCAUUUUGUGCUGAAAACAUCGCCCAAAAUUUACCCUUUUAUCAUCUGAUCCAAGUCAUUGUUAGUGCCAAUGGAUCCGAUACUAUCCAAGGAAAUUAUGAUUCACUUUUCAGUUAUGUUGUCUUUACUCGCUGCCGACCAAUAUGGAAUGAUUUACAAUUACAAAAUCGCUAUAAUCAAGUUACUACAUGCUACUUGCAAGCAAUUAUUGAUGCCAAAAGUGAUGCCAUAGCCGUCAAUAAAGUCCGUACUGUUGAUGGCAAGACUUUGCUGCAUAUGGCUGCUGAAAGUAAUAACCCGCACUGGAUUCAAUGUUUAUUAAGUAUAGGAGCAGAUCCUGCUGUCGAAUUUGGUCCUGAUCGUUUAAUUGCCCUAAAUUUAACUCAAUGUAAAAUAUGCAAGGAGUUAUUGGCUUCUACUAAUUAG